CCUGUGCCCAUACAAGGAGAGCUGCGAGAGCUCUGGAUCUGUGGGAGCAUUACUGAAAACAGCCUCAAUAAUGUAAACAGACACUGCGGCUUCUGGCGAUCUCAAGGCAUUUUAAAACAAACCGUAACGCUUUCAGUUCAGCAAAGCCUGACUGUAAUGAUGAAGAAUGCUUAUUUAAUGUGCAGCCUAUCAGACAAUGUUCAUCUGUUCUCAUCGUACAUUCAAGAAACCAUUUGAGGACGUCUGAACCAGUCUUAAGGGGCCUGUUGUAGUUUGACCAACACACCCCUCCUCUAUCGCCAUGACUUUUUUUUUUUUUUUUUUACUUCUUUCUCUUGAUAUUUUUUUUCCCACACCACUUUCUCUCUCUGCUCUCUGUGCCUACUCUCCUUUUGUCAAUCUCUUUUCAACGUCAACUUCUCUUCUAAAGCAUGUGGGCGUUUAAGGUCAUCGGUGUAAAAUGAAUGUGAUUUUCGAUUAAAGAGCAGAGAGGCUGUUGGGAGUUUGGUGACGUGAACAGAAACGGUUGCCUUCCAGAUUUUCACAGCAGCUCACACCUACCCUGCAUUACCAUGCCUCUAUUGAGAGAUCUUCGGAAAAAAGAUGACAUCAAUGCUGUUUAUGAGCUGAAAGAGAAACUGGGAGAGGGCUCGUUCUCUGAGGUUCGAGUGGCUCAGCACAGAUGCACCCAGAAGCUUGUGGCUGUCAAGUGCAUCCGCAAGAGAGCGCUAAAGGGGAAAGAAUCCAUGCUGGAGAAUGAGAUUGCAGUAUUGCGCAGAAUAAAUCAUGAAAAUAUUGUGUCUUUGGAGGAAACCUUCGAAACUCCUACUAAACUGUAUUUGGUAAUGACACUGUUGACAGGAGGAGAAUUACUGGACAGGAUUCUGGAGAGAGGGAGUUACACAGAGAAAGAUGCCAGUCGGGUCAUAUCUCAGGUUCUGCAGGCGGUGAAGUAUCUACACCAGCUGGGUGUUGUUCAUCGAGACCUAAAGCCAGAGAAUCUAUUGUAUGAGACUCCAUUAGAAGACUCCAAAAUUGUCAUCAGUGAUUUUGGUCUGUCUAAAAUGGAAGAGCAGGGGACUCUUUCCACGGCCUGUGGGACACCUGCCUAUGUUGCUCCUGAACUUCUACAGCAGAAGACGUACGGUAAAGAGGUGGAUCUCUGGGCCAUUGGGGUGAUUACGUUCAUUCUCAGACUCUGUGGCUAUCCUCCGUUCUACGAUGACAACGACACACAACUCUACAAGCUGAUUAUAAAGGCUGAAUAUGAAUUUGAUUCACCAUACUGGGAUGACAUCUCUUACUCCGCGAAAGACUUCAUAGUUCACUUACUGCAGAAGAAUCCAGUGAAGAGGUUCAAUUGUGACCAGGCCUUGCAGCAUCCUUGGAUAUCAGGAGGUGCAGCUCUGGACAAGAACAUCCAUGGCUCAGUGUCAGCGCAGAUUCAGAAAAACUUUGCCAAGAGUCACUGGAAGAGAGCCUUUAAUGCCACGAACAUCGUGCGUCAUUUAACCAAGAAAACCCACUCUGGGGAAGACGAUGAAGGGGAUAAUUCCACAAGUAUAGGGACCAUCUGACAAUCCACUGGCAGUGAACAGAGGCUCUGUUAAAAAGAAAUCAACAAAUAUGAAAACUGUCAUUUACUCAACCUCAUAUUGUUCCAAACCAAACCCCUAUGACUUGGUCUAUUUCCAAGACAAAAGGAGAGGGGUUAACAAAGAGCCGUGUGAACCAAGAAAGAAGUGAACAGGUUCUGUGAACAUCGAAAUACAAAUUUAAAUAUGGCUCGUGAUGUUCAUGUGCAUAUUCAAUUAUGUGCAAAAGAGAAUGUAUGUUGAGAGGGCCAGGUUUUAAGAAGGCCAGUCUUUUUUUUUAAUUGGAGAUUGACAAAAAGUCAUUCUUUGAAAAUAAAAAUAAAUGUUA